AUGAUAGUAGCGAGCGACGUGCUGCCAUUGAUCCACGCCCUGUUGACUCGCUCUGGAAUGAGGAAAGCAGCAACUGCAUUGGCAAAGGAAGCCAAGCUACAGCCCCAGGCGUUGGAGAGCACGCACGAUUUGGUCGAUGUGUACUCGUAUUACGUGACGCACAAAGUCAACGGGAGCAAAAGAGAGGCCGCGACUCGCCUCGUGAAAGAGAACACAGUCACGAAAGAGCAGAAGAAGAAGAUGAAGAAGAAGGAGAAGGAGAAGAGUAGUGGGUCAAUGGACUCAUCCGAGGCUGAGAAGGAGAAGCAGUUGACGGGGAAGACGGGUUCAAGGAGCAGCGGUCAGAAGAUAGAAAAGGGGAAGACAGUGCUACAAGAUACAGAGGAGAAGGAGAAGAAGAAGACGAAGUCGUCCGUGAAAGCAGCUGAGAAAAGGGGGUCAAAGAAGGUGGCAGUUGGCAAGAUGGCAGAGUCUCGAUCGAGCGACAGCUCGAGCGACUCGUCGGAUGAGAUAGUGGAAGAGGUAAAGACAUUGAUGAGGAAAAGAGCUGCUGCUGAUACGAAGAAGGUAAAGGCGAAGGCAAAGAAGAAUGACUCGUCGAGCUCGGAUAGCUCGUCGGAUUCAUCGGAUGACUCGUCGGAUUCAUCGGGUGAGUCAGAGUCCGACGACGAAGCGAAGUCAAAGAUCCGCAAGCGGAAGACUGAGGCUCUUCCUGCCGAGAAGAACACCAAGAAGGUAAAACGGGACGUAGACUCGAGCUCAGAGGCCAGCUCGUCAUCAGACGAUAACUCUUCGGACUCUUCGGACUCUUCGGACUCAUCAGACUCGGACUCGGACUCAUCAGACUCGGACUCGGACUCUUCGGCGGACGAAGUGACUCGAAAGAAGGAAGCUGCACGUCGUGAUGAGGCAGCUAAGGCUGCGCUGGCGUGGCAGCCUAUGAAAAUGGAAACGGUCGCCACGAAGGUCAAGUCAGCGGGCACACCAUUCCAACGUGUCGAUGGCGAGUUCUGGUCGCAGAAAAUCGUGAAUGACACACUGCGUGACAACAGUUACGAAGGCGCGUUUGGCACGGACGGUGUCGGUGUCAAGGCCAACGCAAAGCUUCUUAUGACGCGUGGAAAGGAUUUUACGAAGGGCAAGAAUAAGCUCAAGCGCUCGACGUACAUGUGCGGUGCCAUCAGCAUGGCCUCAAACUCUUUCAAAUUCGAGGACUAG